AUGUUCUCCCGUAUCGCCAGACCCGCCGCCUGCGGCCUCGUCCGGGGACUGUCUACCAGCGCUCAGAACAAUGCCAGGGUGGCAGUGCUUGGAGCUUCUGGGGGCAUUGGCCAACCUCUUUCCUUGCUGCUGAAGAACAGUCCUUUAAUCAGCAACCUUUCUCUCUAUGAUAUUGCUCACACACCAGGGGUCGCUGCAGAUCUGAGCCACAUUGAAACCAGAGCCAAAGUGACAGGAUACAUUGGAACAGAGCAACUUCCAGAGAGCCUGAAAGGUGCUGAUGUUGUAGUAAUCCCUGCUGGUGUUCCCAGAAAACCUGGCAUGACCCGUGAUGAUCUGUUUAAUACAAAUGCAUCUAUUGUCGCCACACUGACUGAUGCCUGUGCUAAACACUGCCCAGAAGCCAUGAUUUGCAUCAUCGCCAAUCCUGUAAACUCAACUAUUCCUAUUACUUCUGAAGUUUUCAAGAAACAUGGUGUUUACAAUCCUAACCGUAUUUUUGGUGUUACUACCCUGGACAUUGUUCGAGCCAACACAUUUGUAGCUGAGCUGAAGGGUCUGGAUCCAGCACGUGUGAAUGUUCCUGUAGUUGGCGGACAUGCUGGCAAAACUAUUAUACCUCUGAUUUCUCAGUCUACCCCCAAAAUAGAAUUUCCUCAAAAAGAGUUGGAACCCCUUGUUCUUAGAAUUCAAGAAGCAGGGACAGAAGUGGUUAAAGCCAAAGCUGGAGCAGGAUCUGCAACACUGUCCAUGGCCUAUGCUGGAGCAAGAUUCGUCUUUUCACUGCUGGAUGCUAUGAAUGGGAAGGAGGGUGUCGUGGAAUGCUCUUUUGUUAGAUCUGAAGAGACUGAAAGCCCAUAUUUCUCAACUCCUCUGCUGCUGGGGAAAAAUGGCAUUGAGAAGAACUUUGGCUUGGGAAAAUUGUCUCCGUAUGAAGAGAAGCUUGUAACUGAAGCUAUGGGAGAGUUAAAGGCCUCUAUUAAGAAGGGGGAGGAAUUUGUGAAGAGCUUCAAGUGA